AAAUAUACAAAAUCAUAUCAAAAAAUUAAUUUUUCAGAAUUUUCAAGUUUUGAAGAUGAAUUUGGAGUCGAGGUGUCGAGGAAAUAGUUACCUAGCUAUAUUAAUGUAUAAUCCCUAAAAACAGCGAAUCAUCGUUGAGCAGAAUCAUUCCAAAUAGAAUUUCGUUAGUUCGAAAAGAGACAAGAACGUCUAGUUUUGUGGAAAAUUUAUAACUAUCAGACUUGUACGAUGCCGUUGAACGAGGAGGAGCAGAAAGCUCUUCUACAUUUCAUCAGUUCUUCUUCAGUUAUGUCCGACAAGCAUUUGAGUGCUUGGACACGUUCUGUUACCAGCGGAAAAGUAGUAUCCGAUUUACGUCAAACAAACGCGAACAGUAUUAUUAUGCAUGGGAAGUCAUUAAUCGAUGUGAUUACUUGCAAAAAACUCCUUUACACGAUACUUAUUAAAUAUCUCGAAAAAAUGAACAUUCCCAUAAUUAAGAUGACGAGAGAACAAGCAACUCAUAAGAUAUUAUAUUCAGUAUGGAAAUACCCCGAGCGUCUGCAGAACACUUCUUUGAGUCAUGAUGCUCAGGUCAACACUCGUUCAGAUUGGAAGUUCCCUGAUCUGCCUCCUAUUAAAGACGAUCCUUCGAACGAGUCAGAACAGAAUAAAUCAUCUGUAGAUUGUAAAGACGAUUCUUCGAAAGUAACAGAUGACAAUAAAUUAUCUUCGAUAGUUAGUGCUGUGUCAACGUGGAACGCGUUCUCUCGACCUAUUCAAGACAAUCUGCUGCAAGGUUAUACUCGCACAGUGAAAGAUCUAGAACGGGAUCCGUCUGAAUCGACGUCUUUGCCAGAUAUUAUUUCAAAUGCACCGAGUCAGAACCAAUAUCCAGAACGAAAGUUGCCUCAAUCGGCUCCUUUGCGAGAUAAUUCUACAAAUGUACCAGUGGCUAGAGAAAAAAUAGAAUCCAUGUUGGCGAAUAAUCCCGAAUUUGACGAAGUCGAAAUGAGUGACACCGAAAAAAUAACCGUUGGAAUUGACGUAUUCCCAGCAAUCUUUAGAAUGAAGACUAAAGUUUUGGGCGAUAACAACGAGAACGCUGAGUAUAUUUUGAACGAAACAGGAGCUGUAAUGACUUUGCGUGGGAAAGGAUCUGGGUUUAUUGAUGCUCAUAAAAAUGAAUCAGACGAACCGCUUCAUGUUCAUGUCAGAUAUAAGAAUUUGGAGAAUAAGGAGAGAGCUCGUGAGUUGAUUAUGAAUCUUAUCGAUACGGUUCAGCAAGAUUUUAUAGCUGGUACUUACGGGAAGUAUUAUACUCCUCCUAGGAAACCGGAGAUUAUUCCUGUGCCUUUGAAUACAGGAGUGCGACGAACAAGCAGCUACAACUCUGUAUCGAAUAGAUCUCCUCCUAUGCGAUCUAACGAUAGAUCGGAUAGAUCAAUUGACCGAAACAUCGAUAGAAGGAGCAUUGACAGAUCGAAUGACAGAAGAAGCGUAGAAACUCGCGGCGCUGAUUCUAGAUAUUCGCCAGAACAUCGAUCGUACGAUAAUCGUUCCACCGAAUCGAGACCGUACGAAAAACGUUCUUCGUCGGAACGUCGACCGUUCGAGAAACAUCCUUCCUUAGAACCUCGACCGUACGAGAAACGUCCUUCGUUAGAACCUCGACCGUACGAGAAACGUCCUUCGUUAGAACCUCGACCGUACGAGAAACGUCCUUCUUUGGAACCUCGACCAUACGAGAGUCGAUCCUCUGAAUCGAGACCUUACGAGAGUCGUGCUAACGAAUCUCGACCGUAUGAUGAUCGCCGCCUCGAGUCUAGAUCGUUCGAUCGAGCUCCAGAACCUCGACCUUACGAAAGUCGAGCUCCAGAACCUCGUCCUUACGAAAGUCGAGCACCAGAACGUCAACCUUACGAAAAUCGUGCUCCGGAACCGAGACCUUUUGAGAAUCGUGCUCCUGAACCGAAACCUUACAACGACCGGCCUUCCGAACCGAGACCUUUUGAUAGUCGUCCUUCCGAAUCUAGCGUUUUCGAUAGUCGACCCAGUCGUCCGGAAACCAGUGUUUUCGAUGGUCGGCCCUUGGAACCGAGAUUUGAAAAACCGAUACGCGAGUCUAGAUUUGCUAGCCCACCUUCCGAUCCUAAACCAUUCGAGAAUCGGCCUCCGCGCGAGUCCAGAUUUGAAAGUGCGCCUGCUGAUCCUAAAACUGUGGAGAGUCGGCCUCCGCGUGAGUCCAGGUUUGAAAGUCUACCUGCUGAUCCUAAACCAUUCGAGAAUCGCAAUUCGCGCGAGACUAAGUUCGCGAGUCUGCCUCCUGAUCCCAAACCAAUCGAGAAUCGACCUCCUGAAGUUCGACCGGUCGAAAAACCUGUACCGGAUUCUACUAAACCGGGUCCUGGCGAAACUCUCUCGAGUAAUAUCGAAAAAAUAACCAUCGGAAUAGAAUCUGUGCCGGCUGCGUUCAAUUUGAAGAGUAAAAUCUACGGUCCCAAUUUAGCCAACGUGAAACAUAUCGAAAAAGUGGCCAGUGCGUUGCUUCUAGUCGAAGGUAAAGGCUGCGGUGUCAAUAGUAGCGGCGAAGAAUCCCAAGAACCUCCUUAUAUUCUAAUCAAAUAUUUGAAACCAGAUCUUAAAGAAGUAGCCCGACACUUGAUUUUAAAUCUAAUCGAAACAAUUCAACAAGAAUACAUACAGUUGUACGGACGUUACCCCGGUGGCCCUCAAAAGCCCCAAAUUGUUCCUAUCAAAAAACAAACGCACGAUAAAUCUGCCGCAGAACCUAUUCAAACGAAGAAACCAUCGCCAGAUAUUACCCCUGUACCCCCACCACCGCCUGUUAUAUCCAAGAACUCAUCUCCAGAUCGUUUCGAUAACGUUCCACCUCCGAUCAAUUUCGGUAUGGUGACGACGAAGCCACCAACUCCGAAACUAUUCACCAAUACUGAGCCUACUCCGGUACCCAAACCUGUGCAACCGGUUAUACCAUCGACCAAUAAUUUGUACGAUCCUUCGCAGUAUUCAAGGUCACCAAAUCCGGAGCCAAUACCUCCUGCUCCUACGUCGUUUCUCGCUUCUCAGUCAAGUAUAUUGAGCUCGGUUCUAAGUCCGCAGACAAGAUCAUUGCAGCCACCUUUGUUCGGCACACCGACAUUUUCUCAACCGCCAGUACAAACUAUCCAGCAUUCUGAGAAGAGACCAAAAUCACCCAUCGAGUCUGUCGCUGCAGACGCUAAACGUUUCUGCAGCACAGGCGUAGGUAGUUUUAACAACAACUCGACGAUCGCGUCUUCGUCGUCGACUCUGCAAUCAAUUCCGACAAUGCCGAAUGCUGUAGCACAACAAAGACCGGCCGCCGUCGUGCCCAAAGGAAAGAGUCAGUUUCAGAGGAGUUCGAACCUCAUACCAGUCACCUGCAACACUGCGAUUCCUCCACCCAGCAUCAUCGGCAAUGUUGGAAAAGCUCCGUCAAUCAAACCAGUCCCGACUCCUGUACCGGCGCCAACUCCUAUACAGAUGGCUUCUUCGACCAAUACUGCGCUCCCGAAACCGGGAAUUUUGAAGAAAGUCCAGUGGAGUACGCCACCACCGACGAAUGGCAGCAGCACCAACAACAACAAGCAUAGCAAUAACGAUGAUGAAGGACAAGGCUCGAAUCCGAUCAUUUUAAGCGAUUCCGAAGACGAAGGAUUCACUUCGGGUAAUUCGCGUAUCAGCUCGACGAUCAAAAAGAACAGUGGCCGAGAUAUCUCGGUCCAAACGGAUGAUAAACUGUAUCAAACUCAAAUCAAGAAUAUCAAAUGCGCUUGCGGAAGAUUCAUGCACGUUGUGACCGGAGUACGAUCAGUGGAAACUCAGACUAUCGGUAGCGAUAGUUAUAGAAGAUUUUAAGCAGCUCGACAUCGCUUCCCUACGAUAUACGAUCAGCUUCGUAUCAGCGGUGAAAAUAUAGGAGCUGGUUCUUCAUCAUUUAACGAACAUACGGAUAUCUAUAUGUUUUCGACGUUUUCUUUUAUAUAGUACCUAUUUUUUUAAGCUACAUAUUUGUUUUAAUCGGGUCGUGUAGGUAUUUAGGGAGGUUUUUUUCUUCAUUUUUUUUUCUGACAAACGAUCGAAUUCCCUCGUUUUUUUGUUUUCGUUUUUCUUCUUUCUUUUUGUUUACAAUUCGCGUUUUUAUUUCCCAUAUAUUAUAUUAAGAUGUACUACGAAUUGAUUCGAAUGGCGUAAGUUAAUUAAGUAGGUAGGUAAAUGAACGAUGCAGAAAUGGUGUGAAAUUAGGACCAAAAUGUGAGUAGGCGACGAUACAACCUUCGUGUUGGUUGUUUUAACCCCCCGCCCGUUACAGUACCUAUGUCUAGAAUUUUUGUUUUCGUUUACUUUUUAAAACUUUUGCAACUUUGAUAUUUUGUUAUUUAAAACGAUGGCUUUGGACGAAAAAAGGGGUAGUGGUGUCUUUUAUUACCUCCGACGUUGAACGAAGAAACAUUUAAACAAGUAAAACUAUCACGCGAACGAGCAGUCAAAAUUGGCCAUAUUUUAUGUUGCAAAAUACGCAGGUAUAUCUCGUAUACGAAGCGAAAUUAGUUUGGCUGAAUUGGUUAGAUACGUAUACGUAGUAAAGCUUUAAUAAUCCAUUCGUGAGUUCACAGAGUUGAAUAAUAUGAUGAUGUACUACACGCCUGUAUUAUGAAAUCGUUUAUGAUAUCUACUCUGUAGGUAUACGAUGAAACGCGUUCGUAUAAUAAUCUGUGUGUCUUCGUUGGGUUAAUUAGGUUGGUUGAUUGACGCAUAAUUUGACUUUGUAGGUAGUGUAGUGUAUAAAAUACGAGUAUUACUGUAAGAGUCUCCCUGUCUCAUUCUAAUGUGUGUUAUUGAAGAACGUUUGAUUACUUUCGGAUAUCCGCUUUUACCCAUUAGGACUGGGUUCAGAUGAUUUGGGCGGUGUGACAGUUGCCAUCAGUGUUUGAAAAUUAAACAAUGGGUUUUCACUCAAUUUUUUCGGGUUUUUUCUUUUGAUGUAUUUAAAAUGUAUAGGUAAAAAAUUUCUGCAGGGACGUACUUUGAUUGAUGAUUUUUCAACUGAAUAUUUUUUAUCUGGAUAGACCUCGGUGAGGGAUUUCGAAUGGCGUAAAUCGCAGUUCCCAAAGUGCAUUUGCAGGGGAGAUAUGGGUGCUCAAAGUUUUGAGGAAACUGCGGAUAUCGUGAAACUCGAGUGAAGUUUACUAGGAGAACUACAAGUGGUACGAAUUUGGAACUUUUACUAGUUUGUGGGUUCAUGAAAGCGUUUUUUGGUGAUAUGGUGAAAAUCAGUGUUGCAUUUUCAAGGGCUAAAAAUUAUUUGGUAAAAUUUAGAAAUGAUGUAUCUCCAUCGCAUCCCAUGAAAUUCGUGGUUUUUUUUGGCCUCAACGUACAAAAAGUGUCAAUUUUCGUCUGAGCAGUCUGAAAAGUAGUGCUUUUCUAAUUAAAGUUCUGUGUUUCGACAAAAAUGUCAAAAAAUUUUUCAUAAAGUUUUUCUUAGCCAAAUGUAGAAAAAAAUCGAUAUUUCAAUCUCGCCAAAAGUUUCAAAAAUGUUCUGUUUUUUGCCAAAAUUGUCACAAACUUCUGAUUUGUGCUAAAACUGUUCAAAAGUCGGGUGUUUUUAGCAUAAAAUUUUAAAUGAAAAUUCCUCUUUUUUUUCUAUGGUACCAUCUAAAGCCUUGACGUUCAUGUGAAAAAGGCAGGUACAACUUUUUGCCAAAAUUGUCAUGAAAGGUCCCAUUUUUUGCCAAAAGUGUCAAAAAGUCCUAAUUUUGCAAAAAUUACCACAAAGGUUCUGUUAUUUUUUGAUCGAAAUUGUUGAGCCUUCUUCCGCCCAAAAUGCCCAAAAAAGUUCUGUUUUCUGUUUAUGUGAAGAAAUGUGAAGAAAUUCAAUGUUUUGCAAUUGUCAAAAAGUCUGUUUUUUUUCCUAAAAUGCCACAAGAGUUCUGUUUCUUCCUAAACGUCAGAAUGUCAUGAAUUUUGCCAAAAUAAAUUCACAUAAAAGGUUUUAUUAUUUUUUUUUUUGCCAAAAAUGUCAAAUACAUAAGUUCCAACUUUUGCCAAAAUUGACAAAAAAGGUCCCAUUUUUAUCGGAGUUGCCGAAAAGUUCCAAUUCUGCCAAAAUUGUGAUAAAGUUAUAUUUGGCGCCAUAAUUGUCGAGCUGUCUUGUGCUUAAAAUACCCAGAUAAGGACUUGUUUUUUGUUUCUGUGAACGAAAUUGUUCAAAAAUUGUCAAAAAAGUCUGGUUUUUACCUAAAUUUUCAAAGGUUUUAUUUUUUGCCAAAAUUGCCAGAGAGGUUCUUUCUGUUUUUUUUUUUUUUUUUUAUCAACAUCGUCAAAAAGUUGUUUUUUAAAUCGAAAUUAUUGAGUCUGGGUUUUACAUCAAAUGUCAUGGAAGGCUUUUUUUUGCAAAAAUUGUGUAAAAAGGUCCAUUUUUGUCAAAAUUGUGAAAAAUUCAUACAACUCAUUAGCCAAAAAUUAUUAAAAAGCUCCACAAUUUGUCAAAAUCGUCAAAAAAUUCCAAUUUUUAUCAAAGUUGUCAAAAAAAUCCGAUUUUUUGUCAAAAUUGUCUAGAAAUCCUAAUUUUUGUCAAAGUUGUCAAGAAAUCCAAACUUUUGUCAAAAUUGUCUAGAAAUCGCAAGUUUUGUCAAAAUUGUCCAGAAAUCCUACUUUUUGUCAAAAUUGUCCAGAAAUCCUCAUUUUUGUCAAAAUUGUGAAAAAUUCAUACCACUCAUUAGCCAAAAAUUAUUAAAAAGCUCCACAAUUUGUCAAAAUCGUCAAUUGUCUAGAAAUCCUAAUUUUUGUCAAAGUUGUCAAGAAAUCCAAACUUUUGUCAAAAUUGUCUAGAAAUCGCAAGUUUUGUCAAAAUUGUCCAGAAAUCCUACUUUUUGUCAAAAUUGUCUAGAAAUCCUAAUUUUUGUCAAAGUUGUCAAGAAAUCCAAACUUUUGUCAAAAUUGUCUAGAAAUUGCAAGUUUUGUCAAAAUUGUCCAGAAAUCCUACUUUUUGUCAAAAUUGUCCAGAAAUCCUCAUUUUUGGCAAAGUUGUCUAAAAUCCUAAUUUUUGUCAAAGUUGUCAAGAAAUCCGAACUUUAGUCAACAUUGUCUAGAAAUCUCAAGUUUUGUCAAAAUUGUCCAGAAAUCCUCUUUUUUUUUUGUCAAAGUUGUCAAGAAAUCCGAACUUUUGUCAAAAUUGUCUAGAAAUCUCAAGUUUUGUCAAAAUUGUCCAGAAAUCCUCUUUUUUUGUCAAAGUUGUCAAGAAAUCCGAACUUUUGUCAAAAUUGUCCAGAAAUCCUCUUUUUUUGUCAAAGUUGUCAAGAAAUCCGAACUUUUGUCAAAAUUGUCUAGAAAUCUCAAGUUUUGUCAAAAUUGUCAAGAAAUCCUCAUUUUUGUCUAAGUUGUCAGAAAAUCCUAAUUUUUGCCAAUUAUCAAAAAAAUUCAGAUUUUUGUCAAAAUUGUCAAGAAAUCCAAACUUUUGUAAUUGUCUAGAAAUCUCAACUUCUCAAGUUUUGUCAAAAUUGUCAAGAAAUGCUCAUUUUUGUCAAAGUUGUCAAAAAAUUCUGAGUUCUGUCAAAUUGUCAAACAUGCCUAAAUUUUUGUUAAAAAAGGCCCUGUUUUUUUUUUCAAAUUGAAGUCAUGGUUUUUUGUCGAACACCUGUUUCCUUUGAAUGUGCAGUUCGAUGAAAUGGAUGAAAAUAAGUUAAUUCACGCAAUUUAGAUCUUCUGAGGAAAAAAUUGUAUUUUCAGUUAAUGUUCGAAAUAAAGUGGCCACAUUGAUUCUCACCAUAACUCCAAAAAGCGCUUUCACGGACCCAAAAAAACUGGCAGGAGUUCCAAAUUCGUUCAAAUUGCAGUUUUCAAGUCAACUCCUCUCGACCUUUAAAAUAUCUCUAUCUUGUUCAAAAUUUUGAGCACCCCCUAUAUCUUCACUUCAAAUGGAUUUUGAGAACUGCAUUUUGCCUUUUUCGUCAUCUCUCUUCAAAGUCUGUUCAGUAUUCAUAUUAAGAAUAUUUUUUAAAUCACCGAUCUCGAGUGCAAAAAGCUCAUUGAUUUUACGCACAUGAAAUGGCCCUAAAGUGUUCGAUGAGAAGUUGUGCGAUGUUUAAAGUCGAAAGUUUCUUGAAAAACGAUGGGGAAUGAUCUCAAAUUUGAAUGUAAAUGCUCAGAAGCCCUUCUAUAAUAGUCUUCUUUGACAAUGAUCAUCAAUUCAUCAUUAUUACUGAAGGAAAAUGAUGAUUCGUUCCGUUCAAUGGAAUAUGGAAAUUUUACCGCAUCAAAUAAUUGUCAAAGUAUUAUCUGUGAUUCGAAUUAAACUUUAAGAAAUAUUCAGGGUCGAGAAAAAUUAAAAUAAGCGAUAAAAAAAAUUGGUCCUAAGAAAGAUUAUUUAAGUAUAUUCUGUUGACUUUUUGUAUGUUUUACGUAUUUUUAUGGAUUUGUUGCUGCAAGCUGAACUAAUUAUUAUUACCUAUAAUUACUCUAUGCUUGAACGAAUCGCGCCAUUUUAGUAUUAGUUUUUUCCGAAUAAUAUAUUUUAUAGGGUUUGAAUAGUACAUAGUAGUUGGUAAUUUUUAAAGCUCAUACCUUUACCUAUUAAUAGAUUUUCAAGAACAUAUUUUAUUUUAUUCAUACGCUAUUAUCAAUUUGAUAUUACUACGUUCCAUUAUUCGUUUCUAUAUUUACUUACUGAUUUGAUGUAAUUUAUUUUUUUUCCUUUUUGACGAAGAAAUGUGCGAAUUUUUUUCUUUUAUUUUUCAAGAUUUAUUAGA